UCACCUCAGCGCGCGCCCGGUCGACCAGCCGACAGAAAGACAGGAGUCCCGAGCAGAGACCCCCCCCCCUCUCAGCCGCUGCCUUUAAGUGGGGGUUCUGACAAAAGAAAGCAGGGGAGGAGAAUGGCACCGAGUCGGACCUUGGAUCAGAACUGAGUCUGGUCGGAAUACAAGAGAGAGCUCCUCAAGUCCAUCAGAGUCAUCCUGUGUGUGUCCUGACACAAUGGGCUGCUGCAGCGGACGGUGCACUCUCAUCUUUAUUUGCACUUUACAGUUGGUUCUAGCUUUGGAAAGGCAGGUCUUUGACUUCCUCGGCUACCAGUGGGCCCCCAUCCUUGCUAACUUUUUUCAUAUCAUCAUUGUAAUCCUGGGUCUCUUUGGAACCAUCCAGUACCGGCCACGCUACAUCGUAGUUUAUACAGUUUGGGCUGCACUUUGGGUAGCCUGGAACGUCUUCAUCAUCUGCUUUUAUCUGGAUGUAGGAGGCCUGUCAAAGGAGAGCGACCUUUUGACGUUCAACAUAUCGGCUCACCACUCUUGGUGGAGCGAACACGGUCCCGGCUGCGUGAGGAGAGAGAUGCCUCAGACSCCCGGAGUGCGCGCCACCGAGAGCCACUCCUACAUCACUGUCAUGGGCUGCCUCGUGGACUACCAGUACAUUGAGGUCAUGCACAGCAGCACGCAGAUUCUCGUUGCUCUCCUGGGCUUCGUGUACGCCUGCUAUGUUGUCAGUGCCAUCACUGAGGAGGAGGACAGUUUUGAUUUUAUUGGUGGAUUUGAUCCAUUCCCACUCUACCAUGUCAAUGAAAAACCAUCUCAUCUCCUCUUAAAGCCCAUGUACCCGUCUACGUAAAUAAAAGAAGGAAAACACCCAGAGAGGGGAGAUGAUACAGCAAAUUCCYACAGAGCCAAAAUGGCAGUUUUCACACGCAAACCGUCUGGUGUUCCUCCCUAUCUUGGUUUCAGAACUUUAAACAUGUCAUUUUACUGGUGUGCUUCCCAGAAAAAGCCAGAGUUUCUCCACAAGAGUCCAUUGUGUCUGGAUUUGGGAAUGAGGGGGCGAAUUAGCAUAAACAAAGGGGUGUAUUUAGGGAGGAUUUGUGUAUUUUUGUUUUUUUUUUUUCCUUUUUUUGUGAUCUUUUGCUACAAGUUCCUGCUGUUUACUGUAUCAAACAUACAGCUCACAAAUACGUUGUAAGAAUGGAGUUCCCAGUUCACAUGGUUGUCACCAGUUUCUGAUCUGGCACAUUAUUGCAGGUUCGGCUCAGAUCUUGGCCGUAGUGCUGAUUUACAGUGGAGUCUGUGGAAUGAGCUGUUUACUUUAGGAUCUGUGUGCAUAAAUACAGAAGCAAAGCAGGAAGAGCCAAGGGAGAAGACAUAGAGAKGGGUGGGGAGGGAACAAAAGCACCGAUACUACAGAGGAAAUCGGCCCAAAAAUAGAAAAAUGUAAAUAAGGAAAUUCAGAGUUGGAAGUGUGACUUAAGACUGCAGAAGGUGUUCAAACACAAGAAAUUGGCAUGCGGGUGUUAGGUUUUUAUUUUUGGUCUAGAGUUGUGUUGUGUCUGUUUUCAGAACAAAAAAAAAAAAGAAUCUAAGAAAAAGUCAGUAUUUCUGAAGUUUCAGGUGCUGAAAGCUUUGUUUUCACUUCACAUCUAACGACACAACAGCUCCUGGGAGACGAGCGAUCAUUACACACACUUGAGCAAACUUACACACCAUCUUUUUAACUUAAACAACUGAAAUGGUUGCACACAAUAAGACUAGAGCUGUGUCUCCUGCUUCAAAUCUCUCUUUUUUACACACUUAUAACCUUGACUUUGAUUGAUUGUAGCAUGUUUUUUUUUAAAAAACAUUUGUAUUGUAUUUGUCUAUAGCUUUAAAGUAUUAAAGAAAGUAGCAAAACUGGAGUCUUUAAUUUACAGCUAGUUAAUCAAGUUACAGGAAACAUCUGCUGACUUAAUCUGGYRCUUUUUAUUGUUUUAUUUUAUUUUCCAGCAUCAUUACAGUUGAUCGAACAUACUCAAACUGAAUCAUUGCACUUUUUGKAUACCUGUCAGUAAAUGUCUUUCAAAUCUUCUGUUGCCUUAUUGUGACUGUGAAUCAUCACUGCCCUCUAGUGUUCAAAAGGUUCACGUGCAGGGGUCUGCUCGUCAUCUGCUUCUACAUUUCCAUCAUUUAAACCAGUGGUUCCCAAAUUUGGGGUCAAGACCCAGUGAGGUCUUGAAACAUCAAGGUGGGGUCUUGAAAAUAUUUUUUGAAUUAAUGACAUUAAAAAUGACAACGAACAAUAUUAUUUUUGGUCUUAGUUAUAACAAAAGUGUGAGGUUAGUGUAUUUAAGUAGCAUAAUAAAUAUUGUUACUAUGUUUUACUUGACCUGAUACCAAUGUUUAUCACUUAAGUUGGGGGGUUCAGGUUUCUGAUGCUGUUAUUCUGUGGGUCAAARGGUGAAAAAAACUGCAAAUUUAAACUCUUUACAUUUGGAGUUAGAAAAUAAAAGUGUUUAAAAUGGAGAAGUUAGACCUGCUAAAGUGUGUUUUUCCACUGCUGGCACAUUUAUUCUACAUCAUUCAAUAUGUCUUUUGAGUUUAAGGUCAAUAUUUUAGUUCUAAUGCAACCCCAAGUCCAAAACGUUGGACCGUGGUGUAAAAUGUCAAAUAAAAACAGAAUGCAACAAUUUGUAAAUCUYAAACCAUAUUUUAUUCACAAUGGAACAUGGUGAACUUAUCGUUUGAACUGAGAAAAACUGGUAACUGUAAACUGUGCCUGGGCUGAGAGUGUGAAUGAUUGUUUGUCUCUGUGAUGGACUGCAGACAUGUCCAAGGUGUCCUCUGCCUCUCGCACAGCGACCUGCUGAACAUGAGCACCAGCAACCUAGAAAGGAAAAGCAGGUAAAGACAAACUAAGAAAUAAGUCAUUUUGAAUUUGAUGGCAGCAACACAUUUUUAAAAACUUGGACCGAGGCAAAACAUGGCUGUAAAAAUAAGUGGAAACAACUGGAGGAGCAUUUUGCAACAAAUUACUUUAUUAUUUGGCAAAAGCUCUGUAGGAGGACGUGGUAUAAAAAGAGUCUGACUCUCUCAGGAGUAAAUACAGGCAGAGGUUUAUUGGGUUGUAAAACCAUAUUGCUUUUAUUUACAUUUUACACAACAUCCCAACUUGAUUUAAAUCAGGGUUAUCUAUUCAAUUUCUUCUCCCCUCUCUAACUGCACCAACACACUGAGUAUCAYAUUCCUCAAAGCGUACUUCACUGCCAGACGAGCAGCUUUUAAACUGCACUGAUGUUGAAAAUCAUCUCCUGCUGGCUGAUGUCACAAAACUUCUCUGCUUUGAUUGGUCAAAUGUGUUUUGGAGAGGUGCAAUAAUAUCAAUAUUUGAACUGAACAAGYUGGUUGUAAGCGAAGCAGAUGAGAAAAACAAAGCACCUCAUUACUGUGACAUAAUCAAUAUUAGUAGUAAAAUUCUACUAAAGUGUUAAAAAAAACUAGUCUUCCUCACAGUGCAAUACUGACGUUUCUUAAAAUCUCAGUUCUGGUUGUGUAUUUGAUAGAGUUUACUGAAAUAAAAYGUCCAUCUUUCUGUAGAUAAUUCUCUCUUAUAAGUAGAAAUGUUAACCUUGUUUUCUGUUUUGCUCCGAACACGUGUGACCUGUUUGUAUCUAUCCAGAACUGUGCUUUGUGUUCUUGUAAAUAGGUGUUUGUUAAUAAAAGAAUGUGAUCUUUUAA